AUGCAAUUCAUACGGUUGAUACUACUACUAAUACAGGUUGUGUACGUGAUUGGUGAUGAAUCUACCAAAUAUAAAGUCAAAUAUCAUCAUGCUAAAGUACCUAGAAACAUAGCGGAGUCUUUGUUAAGUCUUAAUCAGAAUUUAACCCAUCAAGGUCAAUUUGAAAUCAUAGACAUACGAAGAGAAUCAAUUCAUGAAAAAUACAUUUGUUUGUUACCAUCAACCCAUAAUCAAACCAUAGAGUCUAAUGAAAUCAUCACUUUACCUUCUACCAACACCCUGGAGGCUCUUGUCAAACGUCAAAAGUUAAAAAAGCAAGCAGUAGAAGCUAUUACUAAAUCAUUUAGUACCAAGGAUUGUAAUUUUGCAUUUGGAGUGGCUAAUUAUUGGACAUUUGCAUAUUGUUAUGGUGAUAAAGUUAUUCAAUUCCAUUCUGAUUUAGUUCAUCAUUUCAAAACUGGAAAGCACAAAGCAGAACAACCUGAUUUUGUUUAUUUAUUAGGUAAAUUUCCAGGAUCUCCAAGUAAGACUGAUAAGAAUGAUUUUGAAAAUAGAUUGGCUAAUCAAUCAUUCAUUUUAAAUGAUGAAGAAUUCUUAUUGAGUGAUGAAGUAAAACAAUUCAAUGAUCCAUUAAAUCAAUUGGAUGAUGAUUCACCAAAACAAGUAUUUAUUCAACAAACUUUAUAUGAUGGUACUACUUGUGCUGAAACUAAAGAUCCAAGACAAAUCGAUAUUAUCUAUAAAUGUGAUCCUACUAAAGAAAUGGUUGAUAUUGCCGAGGUUCAUGAAGUCAAUAUCUGUAAAUAUCAAAUGAUUAUUAAUGUACCCCGACUUUGUUCCAUUGAUGAAUUCAAAGAAAAUCCUUCUGAAAUCAAAAUAGCCGAUAUCGAUUGUAAACUAGUUGAUCAAUGGAGUUCUGUAUCAAUGAAACGAGAAAUUGAAUUCCGUGAUUUCUUUGGUUAUCCUGAAACCUUGGCUAAAAAUCAAUAUUUUCCAAUAUACAAAGAUAAUAAAAUAAACCUUGCUGAUUAUUCAUUAAGACCAUUAGGAGGUGGGUUUUUCUUUGGGUUUAGAAAAGAAAAGAUUCAUACUGAUAAUCCCUAUUUCAAUAAUAGAAACGUUUUAUUAUUUAAUGGUGCAUAUACUGAUCCUAUAGAACUACUUCAAAAAAUUGGUAAAGUCUUUGUUAGAUCACUUGAUUUGAAAAUACCUUCUCCCAUAGUACUUGGUCAAGAUAAAUAUUCUGUAUUAUCAUUGAAUGAUUCAUUUGUGGUUUGGUAUGAAAUGUAUAAUGAAUUUGGUAAAUUAUUAGGUAUGAUUAGAAUAACAAGGGAUUCAAGUCAUACUGAUGGAAGAAUAUUACUUAAUUUGAUUGAUCCAUCAACAAUGAAAGAUCACGAAGGUCAUGAUAUUGUUAUUGAAAAAUUCGAAGCACCAAAUAAUCAAUGGAAUUUUGAAAGCUUUUACAGACCACAACCAGUUGAUGAAAAAGAUAAAGCAAAACAAACCUUUGAACCAGAAAAGAAACCCCAGGAUAAUUUAGCAAAUACAAAAGAUUCACCUGGACAACAGCAUGUAAUAAAUGCUGAUGGUCUCACUAUGGAAGAAUUAUCUCAGAUAUUAGCGGAAUAUUUGAAGGUAGGCGGUGUUAUAAAUCCCGAUAUACCAAUUGAUAUAAAUGAAAUUGUUAAAGAUUUUCAUGAUAAAGGCAAGCAAACUCAGCAAGACGUGGAGAUAAAAGAGGAAUCUGUCGAUGAGUCUAUGGAGCAACAAAUCGACAAAGUAGGAGAUAUAAUAGAGGAAAAUGGUGAAUUAGAUUUGUCUGAUGUCCAGUUCGAAGACUCUAGCGAUCCACUGACCGAAGACGACUCUAACUCAGAGAAGCCUCAAGUUGAUUCAGAUACAGAUAUAUAUAAUAAUAAUCCCAAACAACAAGUUUUGCAACAUGAUGAGUUAUAA